AUGUCAACCAAGAUGAUUCCCUCAUCUGGUGUAUUGCACAGGUCUUCAUUCAAGGUGCUGCAGACCAAUGAUGGUCGUACUCUUGUGGAAAACACUCUGAGAUUGGACAUGAAUGGUGACGAGCCUUCUACCAUGCUGGUCAUUUCAGAUCGAGAAGUUAAAGUACAAGAAAGAGAAGAUGCGCUACCAACCUCCACCAAUACAAUCACUUCAACCACAGAUAUCAUGGGUGUUGUUGGUUUACUAUCACUUGUAUAUGGACAAUAUCUGGUUGGAAUCACCUCUCGUAGUUUGGCUGCUACAAUCCAAUCGCACAAAAUAUGGCGUAUCAAGACUGGUAUUGUGAUUCCUGUUGCUGGUACCAUCUAUCCUGCUUCUCCAGAAAAUUUGGAUGACACAGUAUUAGCGCAGUAUUUUGCAGAUAAAAAGCUACUUGAGCAUAUUCGCAGCAUUCUCGACUCUGGCCAGCUAUACUAUUCUUCCACGUAUGACUUGACGCAUUCUAUGCAGCACAAUUUCAUUGCUAAUACUACAACUUCCUCGGAUACACGCAUUGAUGAUCGCUACUUUUUCAAUCUGCACAUGCAAUCCGCCUUGAUUUCUGCUGCAACACCUAAACGUGAUACUCAUCCGUGGGUACUCAAGAUCAUUGCUGGGUUUGCUGGAAGCAUUGAUAUAGACUACAACCCCAAUUUGGAGGGAAAUUCUUUACUCUCUGAAAAUCAAAAGGAAAUCACUUCCAAAUCGUAUACUUUAACUCUGGUGUCUCGUCUAAGCCACUGUCGACUAGGUACUCGAUAUAUGCGUCGUGGUAUUGAUGAAGAGGGAAAUGCAGCAAACAGUGUGGAAAUGGAACAGAUUGUGUUUGAUCAUGACUUUGUAAAAAAUAAGCUUAUUUCAUCAUUUGUUCAGAUUCGAGGGUCUGUACCAUUGUUAUGGACACAAAAACUUGAUCUCAGCUACCGACCUGCUCUCAAGAUUGCUGAUACUUCCAGUGAAGAAUCAUGGACUCCCGUUCAAAAACAUUACACAGAUCUCAAACAUCAAUAUAUUGGUGAGCGUCUUUUGUCCAGCAAUGCUGAUCAUGGAAAAGUCGUUUGUGUCAAUUUACUUGAUGAUACAGGGUUUGAAAAACCUUUGACCGAAACAUUCGAAAGCACGGUGCAGCGUUUCAAAGACCCCAAAGUAACGUAUGAAUCGUUUCCGUUAAACAAGUGGUGUAAAAGGAUGAAGUACGACAACAUGGAUAUUUUACUUGAUCGAGUGCGAAUACGACUUUUAAAUAACGGCAGCUUUUCAGCCGAAGGUGAAGUUCCUUCUUUGCACUCAAAAGGAUCGUUGAAACUCCUUCAACUUCAAACAGGUGUAGCACGCAUCUCGUGUUUGGACAGUUUGGAUCGAACUAAUUUGACGUGCAGCAUUUUUGCUCGAUAUAUGAUUGCCUUUCAAGUGCAGAAUCUAUCUCCUGGUAUGCUUUCUUGCAAAAGCUCUCCCUCUACAGGCGUAUCUUCAUCGGAUAUAUACGAUACUGCCGCAGAUGUACGUCGUACUCUUUCAUGCAAUCUUUCCAGCUUAACCAAUAUCUGGGCAGAUUCAGGAGACGCCAUUUCGCUUCUAUAUGCAGGAACAAGAGCCCUCAAAGCCGAUAUCACUCGCACAGGAGAACGCCAAGUAAUCAGAGGCAGUAUAAAUGAUGGCAUAAACUCUUUGACUCGUUACUACCUUAACAAUUUCAGUGAUGGACGUAAACAAGAUGCGUAUGACAUUUGGAGUGGGAAAGUCACUCCUGUUUGUAUCGACGAAUUGGUUGCUGAAGAAGGAGUAAAACAAGUACGCAGGCUUCGUGAACCAUUUAUUGCUAAAAGCAAAGCAAUUAGUGCACUCUUACCUCGCUCCGUGAUUGACAGCACUGAAACAUUUUUAUUUGAAAUCAAAGAAUUUCUUAUUCAACCUGCCACCAAAACCUGUACCGAUACAAAAAAAUCCAAGUCGAAACCUGUUCACAUGGAUGAGCAUGGUGUUUCUCAUACCAAGGUUGGGUUUGCUAUUUAUUUGAUGCGAUUGUAUGCACCAACACGGAUCACUAAUGUGGUCGAUUUCUGUAUUGCUGGAUGGAUCUCUUGGCACAUUCUCAUUCUUGUCAAACUGUUCAAAAUUGAUGGUCAAAAUGUUGUCAGCAAUGCACAUUUAACUGUAGAUCACGCCCAUUUCAAAAAAUGA